UAACGCUGUGUAAUCCGCAGCGAGCAGUGACUUUGUAUCGAUCAGCUUUCAAAAUAAGUAGAAUGUUCAGCAUCCUUUUAUAGACAGAUACUGUAUCUGUGCAUUUAUUCAACAACUAAAUUUUAUUUGACUAAUUAUUUCACCACCCCCGUUUCAUUGUCUAUAUUUGGUAAAGGAAAUUUAACGGUGCAUUAUAAGAAGUGGCGUCAGCAAAAAUACAGACCCGACCUGACCGGCGUUUGUUUGUGGAGGUCAACUUCCUGAUAAGGAAAAGUAAUUGCAAAUUACAAUAAGUAGGGUCAAAACAACCAAUCGUGCCACACUUUUCACGAGACUUGUACUGGGCAUGCGCAAAUGACAACAGGAAAUAAAGACCAACAUUUCCCUUUCGUCAACAAAAUUUCAAUAGUGAUUUUUCAACGCGGAUUUUUCGGGUAUAAGCCCGAUUGAAGAUGGGCUAUGACAUAAAUCGGUUCGAAGAUGAUGUUGACGAAGAGCUGAUCUGUGCCAUAUGUAGUGGAGUACUAGAGGAGCCUUUACAGGCUCCUCAGUGUGAGCAUGCCUUUUGUUCAGGCUGUAUUCACGAGUGGCUAACCCGUCAGCCAACUUGUCCAGUAGAUCGCAAUUCUAUCACUCCAAACCAGCUGAAACCUGUGCCUCGCAUACUUAGGAAUCUGUUAGCAAGACUGAGUAUUGCUUGUGACAAUGCUGGAUUUGGCUGCACAACUAUUGUGAAAUUGGACAUGUUACAGACACACCUUCAAGAGUGUGAGCACAACCCAAAGAAACCUGUUCAUUGUGAGCAGGGAUGUGGACUGAUUAUCCCCAAAGAUGAACUGAAGGAUCACAAUUGUGUGCGUGAAUUGAGGCAACUUGUUCAGCAGCAGCAAUGUAAAAUGGCAGACAUGCAAACAGAGCUGUCAGAAAAUAAAUUACAAAUGGGAGAAAUGAAAAGAGAGAUACAGCUUUUGAAGGAGUACAUGCGGAACAUGAGGGCGCCAGGUGCCAGCUCCAGAAUUCGAGAGAUUCAGUCAGAGAUAGAAAGUGAUGAUGUCCAUAGGUGGGUGUCCUCAUUGACCUCAGCCAGGGUAACACGUUGGGGUGGUAUGAUUUCCACUCCAGAUACAGUCUUACAAGCAGUGAUAAAAAGAGCGCUAAUAGACAGCGGUUGUCCAACACACAUUGUAAAUGAACUCAUGGAAAAUGCUCAUGAAAGAAGGUGGCCACCGGGACUAAGUACUCUAGAAACGAGACAGCUAAAUAGAAGACAGUAUGAACAGUAUGUCACCAAAAGAAUUCCAGGCAAACAGGCAGUUGUAGUUAUGUCUUGUGAAAAUCAGCACAUGCCAGAAGAUUUAUUACUGGAACCUGGAUUAGUAAUGAUUUUUGCACAUGGAGUAGAGUAAAGAUGUGACAUUACCAGUUGUGCCUCAUCCUUGUCUGCAAGGUCAUUGUUUCUAUCUCUGCUAAAGUGUUUCACCCAGGAUAUCUAGAUUAUAAACCAGUGGAUAUAAAGAAUGACAGGAAAGUUGGUCAAGUUUUGGCAAGAAGAUGGAUGCAUCUCUUCACGAUUUCCAAAUGCCUUAUUGUGUCAGCUCUGUGACUUGUUUUAUUAAUUCCUUGAGAAAACCUCAUGGCACAGUCCGAUUGAAUUUAGAUUGAACCCUCAAAUUAAGGUUUGGGGACAUCUUAUUUGAGAUUAUCACUUU